CUUAUACCAUCCAGCCUUACCUUACAGUAAAAAAAAAAAAAAUUGAUCGUAAGUCACUGUUCCAAUUGUAAUUAGUUUGAUCCAUGGCAACUUCCAUGUUUGCUGUUCAAUCAAGCCUUUCUCGCCGCUGUUUGUGCUUGUUGAUGUCAUAAAGGCACGAGGUAGCAACGUUCCAUUUUCUAUUUAGUUUACAUUCACUCCUUUCACACUCUGCGCCGCUGACGCUUGUUCCUCUUGUUCACCGCCGCGCCAGCCGUCACGAUCCCAACGCGAAGCCGCUUGUGCUUGCGCGGGCUUGCUGUCGUCUUCAUCAGCGCCGCGCGCUUGCAUGCCGUCUGUCACCCGUCGCGCUUAUUAAGAGACACGUCUCCGCCAGGAAAAAUUCGCACUUUGCAAAGUGCUUUUUUUUUUUUUUAAUCAAGCAAUUUCCUACUGAUUCAGGACAGCGACGACAAGGCUCGGGGGGGGGCAGACACCGCAGGCACCGUACUGUUUGUUCCCGCUCUAUGCCAUGUUUUCAUCGGUGAUGGCGUUUUACUUCAUUUUCGAUCCGUUGCAGAAUGUGAAACUCAUUUCCGCACUUAAAAUGUUACAAUGUGACUUCAAACAUCGUGAUAGCGAGUAAACAGAGAACAAGCGAUUACAUCAAACUUAUAGGAAGGGGGAAAAAAAUGGUUUUGCAAUGAGUACAACCUGGCAACGGUCCCUCACGCCCACUUUUUCAUCAUCAAUCCUUGAAAUGGUCAAAAUGUGUUGUCAUGCGCCGCUCAUAGAUGGCAGAGGUCAAAAGCUUCCCAAUUUAGCGUGGCCUAUCUGUCUUGGAUACCUGCUUUCCCAAUUUAGGCCCAUUUGGGCAAAUUCUCUGUGGGUUAGCGCCGAGAUUCAUUCCGAACGACCAUUUCAAAGGAAAACUCAGCCACUUUCCUGUGAAGUUUCGAGGGCGGGUCCUUGAGACGUUUUCGUGCGUUCUGUUAUGCGAGACACGUCCACCCAGUUUCAUUUUGAUCAGUGAAACUGGCAUCUGGGGCUGUUUUUUUUUUUUUCUUACUUUACAGGAGUUGCAACGGAGAGCAAAAUGUCUGCUUCAAACCAAAAUGACCGCUCCUCCUGUCCAGUUUCCGCAACGGGUCCUUGAGACUUUGUCGUUAUGACAACACAUCCAAUCCAUUUUGUGUCCGGCAAUGAAACUUGUGUCUGGGGCUUUUUUUUUUUUCCCUUUUUCCUUCCAAGGUGAUCUGGCUGAGUGCUCAAUGGCUACUUACAACCAAAACAGCUGACUUCCUUUUCAAUUGCUGGCAUGGGUCCUUGAGACUUUUUCACGGCUCCUAUUGUGAACACAUCCGGCCAAUUUAGUGGUGAUCGGUGACCCUGGUGUCAGGAACGAAUUAUUUCUAACAUACCAGCGGCCAAAACUGAGUCCUGGAUGGGAUGUGGACGUGGAUGACUAAAUUACAUCCAGUUUUGAUACACACAGGGAACACCCGGAGAAAAGCCAUGCCGACACGAGGAAACUCCACACAGCCGGAAUCGAACUCUGCACCUCUACGCUUUUAGGCAAACGUGCUAACCAGUCGACCAGCGGUGCCGCCAGCCUGGGAGUCAAUGCCAAAAUGAACGUUGAGGGGCAAGAUGGAGGGGAGGUGUCAUGCUAAGUCAUUGUGGAUGCACAGCUGCUGUGUGAUGCAACACGCACGCGCGCACACACACACACACACACACACACACACACACACACACACACACACACACACACACACACAUAUAAACAGCAGGAGAUGAGCCAAUGAGGCAUUUGGUGCAGACACACUGUGUUUGUGACACCAUGAGAGAGAGAGAGAGAGAGAGAGAGAGAGAGAGAGAGAGAGGGAGGAAGAUGAUUAGGACGAGCAGAUGUAGCUGCAGCGCAGCCAGACAGGAGAGCUUCACUUUCCCCUUCGCCCACCCUCCUCCUCCUCCUCCUCCUCAUCUUCCUCUUGCCCGUCGUGAGUCACGGACAUCAUUUCAGCCUCCACGUCGGCGCAGAGGAAAAGAUUCAUCGCGCUUUCCUGCGCUUCUCCUGUUCGUCGGGUGAGAGCUGACAUGCCGCCGCACCGUCAGGACCGCCCGAGAGCAUCCUCAUCCGCAUCUUGAUUGACAGCCAAGCAUCAUUACUCGGCUUUUACCGGCGCGUUGCGGGGAUUGCCUGAGAGGCGGGAUGCUGAGGCUGAUGUGGAAGUCGACGGACAAGAUGCGUUGCCUGAGGAAGAGAUCCACGCUGCCUCUGCUGGGCUUCCUGGUCGCCUUCCUGCUGCUCUUCAACCUCUACAUGGACAUGGACGGAUACGUGUUGGAGGCAGAAAAGCGCCAGCUGGGUGAGACGUUAAUGCAACCCGCUAGCUCAGAGCGAUACAUCCACACCUUCAGAGACCUGUCCAACUUCUCCGGGACCAUUAAUGUGACGUACCGCUACCUGGCGGGAUUCCCUCUGCCGCGCAAAAAGUACCUGACCAUCGGGCUGUCGUCGGUGAAGAGGAAGCGCGGGAACUACCUCCUGGAGACCAUCAAGUCCAUCUUUGACCAGUCCAGCUACGAGGAGCUGAAUGAAAUCGUGGUGGUGGUCCACCUGGCCGACUUUGACUCGCUGUGGUGUGACAACUUGCUGCGGGAAAUCAGCCGCAAGUUCUCGCACCACAUCAUCGCCGGCCGCCUGCUGGUGAUUCAGGCCCCCGAGGAGUACUACCCGUCCCUGGACGGCCUGAAGAGAAACUACAACGACCCCGAGGACCGGGUGCGCUUCCGCUCCAAGCAGAACGUGGACUACGCCUUCCUGCUCAACUUCUGCACCAACCUCUCCGACUUCUACAUGAUGCUGGAGGACGACGUGCGCUGCGCUCGUAACUUCCUGACGGCGCUGAAGAAGGUGAUCGCCUCCCGCGAGGGAUCCUACUGGGUGAUGUUGGAGUUCUCCAAGCUGGGCUACAUCGGGAAGCUGUACCACGCGCGGGACCUGCCGCGCCUGGCGCACUUCCUGCUCAUGUUCUACCAAGAGAUGCCGUGCGACUGGCUGCUCAUCCACUUCCGCGGCCUGCUGGCCCAGAAGGACGUGAUUCGCUUCAAGCCGUCGCUCUUCCAACACAUGGGCUACUACUCGUCCUACCGGGGCGCCGAGAACAAGCUGAAGGACGACGACUUCGAGGAAGACGCGGUGGACAUUCCCGACAACCCGCCGGCGCGGCUCUACACCAACAUGGCUGUUUUCGAGAGCUACGCCGCCGCCAAGGCCUACAGCGCCGUGGACGAGUACUUCUGGGGCAAGCCGCCGUCCACCGGCGACUUCUUCGUGGUGGUCUUCAACAAAUCGGCCAAGAUCAGCAGGAUCAAGAUCGCCACGGGCUCCGACGACAGAAAGAACGACAUCCUCCAUCACGGCGCCGUGGAAGUGGGUCAGAGGCGCGCGGAGGGCAAGCAGGACGGCCAGUGCGCCUCCUACAUCACUCUGGGGGAGUUCAAAGGUGGAAGGGUUGAGGUUCAAGACGUGGACCGCAAGAUUGGUUUCGAUGUGGACUGUGUGCGCAUCGUGGUGACAGCUGGCCAGAAAGAGUGGCUCAUAAUCAGAACCAUCAGCCUAUGGACCGCACAUCCCGGCAGUUCGUUGGUCAAGUGACCAAUUCACUUAUCGGUGCGGUCAUGUCGGACAAGACUCAGAAAAAAAAAGUAUAUUUUCUUGUGUAUUUUUUUUUUCAACAAUUGUUUUCCCCCUCUGAUAAGUUUCAAACACGAUUCAGAAUCCACCCUUUAUACUUCAUUUUCCUAACAUAAAAACAGGAAUGUGUUUCUACUG